CUUCUGAGCCCAAACUAAGUUCCAUCCUCGUCCACCAUGCAUUGGAAAGCCCUUGCCCUGGCAGCGGCCGUCAACGGUCAAGGCUUGAACGGCCUCAACCACUUACGGUUCGGGUGCUCCCAACUCACCGUCGAACGUCUGGAUCCUCUUGUCAACCCAGGAGAGUUCCCGACGCCACAUAUGCAUCAGAUUAUCGGCGGUAACGCGUUUAACGCGUCCAUGCCCUACAAUACCGACAUCGCGAAUUUGGCAACCUGCACAACUUGCGGCCCGGCAGAUGACUUCUCCAACUACUGGACCGCCAACGUGUACUUCCGGGCGAGAAAUGGUAGCUACAAGCGCGUCCCGCAGGCGCCCAACCGGUAUUUGUGUCUGAUGUUGUCUGGUGGUUGGUGUCACAUCAACUGA